CGGGCCUCUCACUUCGUGGAUCCCCCGCCCUCUCCGCCCGGAAGCCGCGGGCGGCAUCGGGGCCGCGGAGGCUCCGGUCUGGAGGUGUCGUCUCUGUUCUCCCUUUCCCCGCAAGCUCCCUGGCUGCUUGGCAACCCCCCCGCCCUUCCGGGCUCCGGGGCUCUGCCGCCCUCCCCCGGCACGGCCCCGCGCCGCAUCCGCCCGUAGGGGAGCGGUGCCCUCCCCCUUUCCCCGCUGCGGAGCUAUUGUGUGCGGGCUGGGGCCCGCCGAGGGGCUGCUGGCGGAUAAGCCUUUCCCCGGGGAGGUGGAGGCGGGAAAGCGGGACGAGGGGGGCGUGAGGGCGGCGGGGGAGCCGGGGCCGCGGGAGACAGCGCCGGCGCGGUGUGUGCGCGCCCCGCUCGCUCUGCGCUGCUGCGAUCCUUUGUCUGCUGUGCCGCUUUCCCCUCCUCCCUCGCUCCUUUCCUCCCUCCUCCCUUCCCUCUCCCUCCCUGCGUUCCCCUCUCUCUCCCAGGCUCCAAGCGCUGCUGCAGCUGCAGGUUUGUAAAUACUGGACCAACACACACACACACAACAUGGCUGACGCUCGCCCUGCUCCUCCACCAGGGUCUCCGCCUUCUCCCUCAGUCUCCGCUGCUUAGCUGCUCCUCCGUGUAGGCUUUUGUUUCUUCCCCCUUCCCCCUUCAUCGCCCGUCAAAAAAAAAAAAAAAAAAAAAAAGAGAGGAAAACCAAUUCACCCUCCUUAUUUGCGCGCAUGGCGGGAUUUCAAGGAGAAACCCAGGGAGAGUAGCCAGCUGGACCCCUCCCUUGAGCUGUGGCCACUUCUCUUGUCCCUCGCGGAGCAACCCCAUCUCUCAACCUGCUCUUGUAGAGAUGUGUUCCAUCCCUGUGAUCAUCAACUGAAAAACGAACCCAGUUCGCAUUUGCCAUGAUGUAAAAGUGUGCUGCUUUGGAUGGUUACACAAGCCUGUGACAGUUCAUUGUUGUGCCAGCGGUGCAGGUUCUUGCCCUGCGGUUAAAUGCAAAGAGAACUAUAAUUGAAAAAGCAUCUUCUGCAUUUGAAGAAGGACAAGUUGUUGAUUGAAUGGUGGAUUAAUAAGUGGUUGUCUCAUCCUAAGACUAAAAAGAAGAUAUCCUGGAAGUUGGAAAGAACUGGAUUUUCACCCUAGUCCAGCAGCUUUGCUGCUCACUUAAACACAGAUGAAUGAAGACCCCAUUUGGAAAAUCACCAGGUCAGCGGUCCAGAGCUGAUGCAGGUCAUGCAGGAGUGUCUGCCAGCAUGAUGAAGAAAAGAACAUCCCACAAAAAGCAUAGAAACAAUGUGGGACCAAGCAAACCUAUCUCUCAGCCACGAAGAAACAUUGUAGGCUGCAGGAUACAGCACGGAUGGAAAGAAGGAAGUGGACCUGUAACACAAUGGAAGGGCACAGUUCUUGAUCAAGUUCCUGUAAAUCCCUCGCUCUAUCUCAUAAAGUAUGAUGGAUUUGAUUGUGUGUAUGGACUAGAACUUCACAAAGAUGAAAGAGUUUCAGCACUUGAAGUUCUUCCAGACAGAGUUGCUUCGUCUCGAAUUAGUGAUGCCCACCUGGCAGACACAAUGAUUGGUAAAGCCGUGGAACAUAUGUUUGAGACAGAGGAUGGCUCAAAAGAUGAAUGGAGGGGGAUGGUUUUGGCUCGAGCUCCUAUUAUGAACACGUGGUUUUAUAUUACCUACGAGAAAGAUCCCGUCUUGUACAUGUACCAGCUCUUAGAUGAUUAUAAAGAAGGUGACCUUCGCAUUAUGCCUGAUUCAAAUGAUUCACCUCCUGCAGAACGGGAACCAGGUGAAGUUGUGGACAGCCUGGUAGGCAAACAAGUGGAAUAUGCCAAAGAAGAUGGCUCGAAAAGGACUGGAAUGGUCAUUCAUCAAGUUGAAGCCAAACCAUCUGUCUAUUUCAUCAAGUUUGAUGAUGAUUUCCAUAUUUAUGUCUACGAUUUGGUGAAGACAUCCUAGACAUCAUCAUGAACUUUUGCCAAAUUUGUGGAACUAUUAAAUGUAAAAUUUAUAGACACAAAGACUUGACUGCUUUCCAGUUUAACGAAAGCUUAAAUGUCCCUGCGAACCCACAAUCUCUGCCAGCAAAACUGUUUUGUUCUGAGUAAUACAAACAUGACACAUUUUGUGUAAGAGAACUCCUUUUCUUGAAGGAAGUCAGUAUGUUUGGGCAGGAGGGAGUUAAAAGCAAAGAACAGCUGCAAAUUCAAGCUGUGUAAAGUUGAUCUAGUGUUGUAAUCAUUAAUCUAAAUUUUUUCAUAGAUUUUGACUUUUUCUUCAAUCUUGCACUCACUUGUUCAACUGCCACAUGCAAGUGUAGUUUGAUAUUUUGAUACGCCUUCUUUUGUAACAUUAAAUUUAAUUUCUUGGAUACUGGCAGUCCUUGUCUUCAGGGUUGGGACAGAGGUGACUUUUUUGAAAGGUUUAAACCGUUUGUGCAGUAUCAAGGAGUGCCUAACCCAAGUAACAUCAAUCUGCUGUGUUUCUACACUUUAUUUCAAAUUUAGCUUUUUAAGAACUUGCAGUGCGUGGAAAUGCUUGUGCAUUUUUUACUAGUCACAGGGCAGUAGGAUAUCAAGUGUUUGGAUUACGCACCUUUCAGUGAAAAGGCAUUAAACUAUAAAAUUACAUUUAAUCUGUAUAACCAGUUAAUUAGAAUAUGCAGGUUAAUGGCCCAUAUUUACAAGUUGUAGGAACCAGUAAAAUACAUGCAACAAGGCUGCCUUCAAUCCUAAAUGUCGUACUUCUUUCUUUGUUUGUUAUACACACUUCUUAGCAAAACCCAAGUGCUUGGUGCCACAACUCUAACAGUAUAUAUGCUACUUCAGAAGACUUUAGACUACGCAUUGGCAUCAGUAGUCUCUUAUUUAAAAUCAAAACCUAGCAACCUGAAUGUCUGUGUGUGGACUUAGAAGCUUAACAGUAGUUAAUAUUUUACAUGGUAAAUACAAUCUCACACCAGGGGAGUGGGAGGGGUUGUCCUUUUACAGUGAAGAUGUAACUUUAGAGAAAGAGAAGCAUUUGUUGCCUUCUGCUCAGUCUGUUGCAUUCCUUUGUUUGGUUUGCUUUUAAUAAUUUUGGUUCAAGAAGGCAUCUUCCCGGUUUAUUCUUUUUCUGGCUUUUCCACUUAAGGAGUGUCUGGAAAAAUCUACAGUUUAAACCUGUUGUUGCCUUUUGUGGUGUACAUUGUACUUGCUUUGAGGUAUGCUGUUAACAUUAAUUUCAUUCUAUGAACACUAGAGUUCUGCAUGCCAGUGGUGUACUAUCUAAUGGAAGCUAUAAGGCAGUCUCAGUGGUUCAGUCAUCUGCAUUAGAUUGUGGAUGUAAAUAGCAGCCCACAACUGCAAAAUCUUUUCAUGGUUAUAAUCUUGCAAGAUAGUUGUAAAUGAAAAUUAGGGUUUCCUUAAGUGUGGCAGCUUUUAAAAACAAUGGAAUUGGAACAACAAUGCAGCACAGCAACAAGGUUGUCAUGUUACAGUAAGGCAGAGCUCUGCAAGUUUCAAGAAUUGCUUCACAGAAGUACAGAAUGUGAAGACAGUUAACACUGUUGAUGGAAGGAACAAAUACCCUGAUAUCCAGCUGUGUGCCAUUAGUGGAAGAAUGCAGGAGCUGUUAAUCAGAGGACAGAGGUGCAGAUGACCUCUGUUGUGGGUAUUCCUGAUAUUGAAGACUCAGUGGUUUAAGCCCCUUUCUGUCCAUUUUUUUGCCUGAUUUCAUAUUUUAGCCUUAAGUCUUGUGCCUCAUUACGCUGUUGAAUGGUAAUAAAUACUCUCCAUAUAAAUAUGAUACCUUAAUUCUUUGUCCAUUGCUACUAUAUUGCAUUAUGUCCAGUAUUUCAUCAUGGGCAACCAAAGGCAGGCUAUUGUCUUUCAGUGAAUAGCUUCUGAUGCAGUCCUUAUGCAGUAAGUAGCUGAGUCGUAAAUGUUUCUUGUGUUUGAACAAAGUGAGCAGAUUUGCAACACAGUGUUUUCAUCCUGCAGAUCUGUUGUGUUUUCUAUUGACUCUUAAGAGUCCUGCAUGUAAAUCUCAAAGCUGAGCCUGGCUCCAUGAGCCCAAGUCGACAUUUGUGGCACAGGAAUGAGUGAGUGUAUUAAUUACACACAAGAUACAUGGAUUACCUAGCACACUGAGCUUGGGGCUAUAUAUCUGAGGAGUAAGAGGUUUGUUUGGAAUAUCUGAGGUUUAGGUCUACUGGAACACUUCUAGCAUUAGGCUUGCAUUUGUGGGUUUUCUGCAAGCCUAUUGAAUACACUAUGUAUUCUGACAAUUAGAGUAUAAUCUACAAACUGUAAAUUUCACUGUCAUUUUUGGAUGUCCCCGUUUGUCUGUUGUGUGGAUAUUUUCACUUGGGGUUUCUUUGGGGAUAUUUUGUUUUGUUUUGUUUUUUUGGGUUUGGUUGGUUUUUUUUUAUGAUAGCUUAAACCACAGUUUUGAGGCUUGAGACUAAUUCCACUCCCUGCCCAUCUGCUUUGGGCUUUGUUUUAGGCUCAUGUUUCAGAUCUGCAUGCAGUGCUUGCGUUACCCUGGUAACUAAAUGUUGGUUCCUUGUUAUAGGGGUUCAACAUUACUUUCCAAAAUCACAUAGGGCUUGUGAUGGCACAAGCCAUGGAUCUUUGUAUAAAAAGUUAUUCACCUUUCACAUUUACCUGCUGUAGUAUUGUUGUAUAUUGUGUGUGUGUGUGUGUGUGAUGUCAGGCUGCCAUGUAAAACUUAAAAGGGAAAAAAAAACCAACUUAAAUGCAGACCAUCCUUUUUUGCAUGCUUAGAGGGUUAGAACAUUCAAUGUAACAAACUAAAGUUGCAUGUUAAAAUGUUUAGGUUUUUGUUUUGUUCUGUUUUUAUUUUGUGUUCAGUUUUUUGUGAAUUUGCUUAUUGUGCUGUUUUAAUGGUUGUUAGUAGGAUUAAAUGCACCGGUGAGACGAGCAUAGUGCCAACGGAAGGUAAUUUUCCAGUUGUAUGUGUCAUACAGCAUUUGAAGGGACCAUGUAUUCUGUUGAAGAAAAAAAUAAAAUUUCAGUUGAAUAGCAGAACACUACAUUCUUCUUCUUUCUUUUGAGUGCCAAACCCUAAACUAUGUUGGAGUAGAGAUGGGGAAAACCCUUUUUGUUGGAAUAGGUAGAAGCAUUCUUUAAAUGGAUUGUUUAAACAUAGGGGCUUUGUCUUCAGAGAGAAUUGUCUAGUUGCAUCAGGGAAAAGAAUUAUGGUAAAAACAGUUUCUGGUUCCUUGAAAAUGCUGUGCUUUUUGUAUUUUACAUCAUUAGUGCAAUUUGGAUGGUUCUUGGUAUGUGUAUAGUUCAGAGGUCUUCGUGUUCACAUUUUUAAAUUAGGUAAUUAAUUCAUCUUUAGAGCUUGGUUUCUUUAUUUUUAUUUUAUUUUCAACAAUGUAGACAGUUCCCUGUUCUCUGCAUUUAGAAGUAUAAACACUUUAAAUUGUUACUUAAUUCUGUAAGUAAUUUUUAUAAUUAUGAUGUAACUCUAUCCUUAAAACAUUUAAAAUAAACCCUUUAUGUGCAACUUA